AUAUAUAUAUAUAUAUAUAUCGUACCAGCUGGGACGUUGUGGCAGUUUUGCGACGUGGUGCAUUUUCUUGAGUGUUUUCCCUGUAAAAUACUCACCGGAAAAUCCACAGGAUAGUUCUAUAGUGCAUCCCUAUUGACCAGGAAUACGUGAAAAUGGCUUCAGUUGAGCGGAAAGGAACGUACAAGGUGGAGUAUUUGCAGAAGAUUGAGAGGGAAGUACAGCAAAAGUGGGCAGAGCAGAAGCUUCAUGAGACUGAUGCACCGGAAGAGCCAAGGAAGUCUCUCGAUGAGAAGUUCUUCGUCACCUUCCCAUUUCCCUAUAUGAAUGGGAGACUUCAUCUGGGGCAUUCGUUCUCGCUGUCAAAGGCGGAAUUUGCUGUGCGCUACCAUCGUCUCAAGGGAAGGAAGGUGCUCUUCCCCUUCGGCUUCCACUGCACUGGGAUGCCCAUUAAGGCAUGCGCGGAUAAGCUGAAGAGAGAAAUUGAGCUUUAUGGGUGUCCACCAAAGUUCCCCGAAGGGCAGGAAGAGCAGGAAGUUCCCGAAGAGAGGGAUGUUGUGCCCAAGGACAAGAGUAAGGGGAAGAAGAGCAAAGCCGUGGCCAAGACGGGUUCUGCAAAGUAUCAGUGGCAGAUAAUGCAGAGUCUGGGCCUGAGUGACGAUGAGAUCGCGAAGUUUGCUGAAUCUGAACACUGGCUGGAGUACUUCCCGCCAUUUGCCAUUGAGGAUCUCACGAAACUUGGGGUUCACGUGGAUUGGAGAAGGACUUUCAUCACCACGGAUGCCAAUCCGUUCUUUGAUUCCUUCGUUCGGUGGCAGUAUAAUCAUCUCAAAGCUCGCGGGAAGAUUAUGUUCGGCAAGAGGAAUACAAUUUAUUCCCCCAAAGACGGGCAGCCGUGUAUGGAUCACGAUAGAGCCUCAGGGGAGGGUGUGGGACCGCAGGAGUACACGCUGAUUAAGAUGAAAGUCGAGACGCCCCUCCCGAAGCUCCCGCAGAAGGCAAAAGUCUUCCUCGUGGCUGCUACUCUUCGUCCGGAAACAAUGUACGGGCAAACAAAUUGCUGGCUUCAUCCGGACAUCAAGUACAUUGCCUUCAAGACAUCCCGGAAGGAUGAAAUUUGGAUCUGUACGCGUCGUGCUGCGAGGAAUAUGAGCUAUCAGGGAUUGACGUCUGCUGAGGGGAAGAUUGAGGUGUUGGCUGAAUUUACGGGGCAGGAACUCCUCGGGCUCCCACUGAGCGCCCCCCUGACGUCCAACAAGGUCGUCUACACGCUUCCCAUGCUCUCUGUCAAGGAGGACAAAGGUACGGGUGUUGUGACUUCCGUCCCAUCGGAUUCUCCCGAUGAUUACGCUGCUCUGGUGGAUCUGCAGAAGAAGCCCCCAUUCCGGGAGAAGUAUGGCAUCCGCGAUGAGAUGGUGCUUCCCUAUGAACCCAUCCCAAUCAUCGAAGUACCCACUCUGGGCAAUCUAAGCGCCGUCAAGGCGUACGAAAUGUUCAAAGUGGCCAGUCAGAAUGACAAGGAUAAGCUCCUGGAAGCCAAAGAGCUCUGCUACCUCAAGGGCUUCUACGACGGAACACUCCUUGUGGGUGAAUUUGCCGGAAAGAAAGUUCAGGAUGUGAAGAAAAUUGUCCGGGAGAAAUUGAUUGAAGCUCACCAGGCGGAGGCAUACUUUGAACCUGAGAAAACUAUCAUUUCCCGUUCCGGAGAUGUCUGCGUUGUUGCCCUUUGCGAUCAAUGGUACCUAAAUUAUGGCGAAGAUACCUGGCGCAAUCAGACAACAAAGCACAUGGAGAGCAUGGAGCUGUACCAUGAGGAAGUUCGUCGAAACUUUGAAGCAUGCUUCGAGUGGCUUCAUGAGUAUGCUUGCUCAAGAACUUAUGGCCUGGGGACGAAGCUUCCUUGGGAUAAUCAAUGGUUGAUUGAGAGUCUGUCCGAUUCAACAAUCUACAUGGCUUUCUACACGGUUGUGCACCUCCUACAGGGUGGUUCAUUUCGCGGUGAACGACCCAGUCCGUUGGGGAUUAAGGCUGAACAGAUGACUGAGGAAGUGUGGGAUUAUAUUUUCUUUGGCGGGGCAAAAGUGCCAACAAAAUCGGGAAUAAGUGAGGCACAUUUGAAGGUAAUGCGAAGGGAAUUUCUGUAUUGGUACCCAAUGGAUUUGCGUGUCUCGGGGAAGGAUCUCAUCCAGAAUCAUCUCACCUUUAUGCUGUACAAUCAUGCGGCAAUUUGGCCGAAUGAAGAGAAUCUGUGGCCUCUUGGGGUGCGCGUAAAUGGGCAUCUCUUGCUGAAUUCGAGCAAAAUGUCCAAAUCUGAGGGGAAUUUCCUCACAUUGAGUGAUGCAAUUGAGAAGUUUAGUGCAGACGGGACGAGGUUGUGCUUGGCAGAUUCAGGCGAUAGUAUUGAGGAUGCGAACUUUGUGGUAACAAUGGCAGAUGCGGGGAUUCUGCGACUCUUCACAUUCAUUGAGUGGGUGAAGGAGAUGCUGGCAUCGAAGCCACUUCUUCGCAAAGGUGCCACAAAUUCCUUCAAUGACAGCGUCUUCAUUAGUGAGAUGCACCUCAAGACGCGCGAAACUGAUGCUAAUUACCGUAGAAUGUUGUUCAAAGAUGCCCUCCGUACGGGUUUCUUUGAAUUCCAGUCAGCACGCGAUAAAUAUCGAGAGCUCUGUGGGGCAAAUGGGAUGCACGUGGAACUCGUGUUUGAAUUCAUUCGGCGUCAGGCACUUCUCAUUGCACCCAUUUGCCCCCAUGUGGCGGAACAUGUGUGGCAUUUACUCGAUGAGCCAGAGAGUAUUUUCCGUGCAGCAUGGCCACAAGUUGGUGACAUCAAUGAGAAUCAAAUAAAAUGCUCAGAGUAUCUCAUGGAGGUGGCGCACUCAUUCAGGCUUGCCCUCAAGAAUACGGCACAGGUGAAGGCAAAGGGGGCAAAAGAUAAAGUGUCCGCCGCAGAGAAGCCAACUGAUGGCACUGUGUGGGUGGCAAAAUCCUACCCACCGUGGCAAUCAUGUGUCCUCAACGUUCUGCGCGGAUUGUUUGAGAAACACAAUAAAUUGCCCGAUAAUAAAACGAUUUCGGUGGAAUUGGGAAAACAAGAGAUUCUCAAGAAGUACAUGAAGAAAGUUAUGCCAUUCGCCCAGAUGAUACGUGAGAGAGUUGAGGCGCCCGGGGGUCCACAUCGCCAAGCCCUAUCGAUUACAUUGGACUUUAGCGAGAGGGAGGUGCUCGAGAGUAACUUGGAGUAUUUGAAAAACACCCUCGAUCUCAGUACACUUAUUGUGAAAUUUACGGAUGAUGCGGAUGCACCGGAGAAGAUGAAGGAAGAAGUCCGUCCGGGGGUGCCAUUUAUUGCAUUUAGCACAAAGCCAUCAGUUGUGCUGAAGUUGGAAAAUCCAAUUCCAUCCAGUGGACUCUUCACCGUACACGUGUCCAUUUGCGAUGGGGACAACGUGAAGAGCCUCUAUGCGAAGGUUUCCAAGAUUAUUGGGUUGAAAGACGUGAAAGCACUCAAGAUCUGGCGCUACGAAGAUCCAGUACUGGGUCCACGGAAGCUGCCCAAAUUCAAUGACUACAAGUCCGGAAAGUGUCUCAUUGAGGAUGGACCUUUGAGUAUUGAUUGCGAGAAGAAGGAAGUUUUCCUGGAGGCAUCAAAUAUCGGAUCGAAUUUGAUUUAUGUCGUUGAGUAAGUUUUUCUCUCUUCUCACCUCUUCUCUGUUUUUUUUCUUUUUCAAAAGCUGCCCAUUGAAUUCUGUAAAAUGUAAACUUAAAAUGAAAUAAAGAAUUUUAUUUAACUUA